AAAAUGAAAUCUCCUAUGUAUAUUUUUCUUAGUCAUCUCUCGCUUUCGGAUAUUUUAAUCAGCACCAAUGUUGCUCCUAAUGCAUUACGGGUCAUUUUGCUGGGUAAGAGCAGCAUACCAGCUCUUAGCUGCAUCACUCAGUUAUAUUUCUUUGGGGCCUCCACCAUUUUGGAAUGUUGUCUCCUCACUGUGAUGUCUUAUGACCGAUAUUUGGCAAUUUGUAGACCAUUGAGAUAUGCAUCUAUUAUGAACAUUAAACUUCUGAACAGUCUUGUUACAUACUCAUGGAUGGUGGGGUUUCUGCAGCCUCUCAUUACUCACACACUUAUCCUACAACAAGAUUUUUGUGGGCCCAAUGUCAUUGACCAUUUCUUUUGUGAUGUUGCUCCUCUUCUAAAACUUUCUUGCUCUGACCAAACAUUGUUAAAAAUUGAAGUGUCUAUUGUGGCUUUGUUUGUGGGUCUUCUGCAGUUUCUGUUUAUCAUCAUCACUUAUGUUCUCAUAUUUGAUUCAAUUUUUCACAUGUCCUCAAAGGCUGGGAAGGAAAAGGCUUUCUCCACUUGUAGUUCACACCUGGCUGUCGUGUGCACAUAUUAUGGAACACUCAUCAUACUGUAUUUGUCUCCAUCCAGAGGAUAUUCCUUCAGCUUAAAUAAAAUGUUAUCAAUAAUUAACACAAUGGUGACUCCAUUCUUCAAUCCCAUCAUCUACACCCUGAGGAACCAGGAGAUCAGAACGGCCCUUAAAGUCCUUCUAUGUAGAUAG